CAAGAUGGUGCGGAAGCUGAAGUACCACGAGCAGAAGCUGCUGCGGCGGCUGGAGCUGGUGAGCUGGGAGGCGGCGGCGGGGAGCCUGGCCGAGGUGAAGGCUCUGCGGCGUUACCGGGUGGGCCGGCGGGAGGACUACGUGCAGUACAAGGCGCUGGCCCGCACCGUCCGGGCCUUAGCCCGCCGGCUCCGCGACCUGGGACCGGCCAGCGCCGCCUUCCGCGCCCGCUGCGCCUCCGCGCUGCUGGAGAAGCUGUACGGGCUGGGGCUGGUGAGCUGCCGGCGGUCGCUGGCCGUCUGCGAGCGCCUCUCGGCCGCCGCCUUCUGCCGCCGGCGCCUGCCCUGCCUGCUGGUGAAGCUGCGGAUGGCCCAGAACCUGCGCCACGCCGUCACCUUCGUGGAGCAGGGACACGUCCGCGUGGGGCCCGAGGUGGUGACCGACCCCGCUCUCCUCGUCCCCCGCGCCGUGGAGGACUUCAUCACCUGGGUGGACGCUUCUCGCCUGCGGCAGAAGGUGCUCGACUACAACCAGGAGCGCGACGACUUCGACCUGGCCGCCUAGGGAUGAGCUGCCGGCCCUGCCUCUGCCGCCUGCGCUCUUCUGCUCUGCCCCUUAGGACACGCGUGGGAAUAAACACGCACCGGCAAAACUACGGCAGUGCCACCAUCAGAUAUUUACACACACACCACACACCCCCCCCGCAACACACCUGAAAGGGGAGCAAGGAGGAAACGUACUCACUUCUAGUAACGUAUUGCUCUGCUCCUAGCUCCCCUUCACAGUUAACAGCUCCGUUCGUCUGUGCGGAGAAACAUCCUUUCCGCAUCCAUCGCUCCAAGAAAACAUCCGAUAGCCCAGCUCCAUCGUACUUACAUCCCGUAACGCGAAUGUGCUUGGAAAGGCCUCUGCCUGAUCGCAGGAGAGGAUGCGGUCGGGUUUAAGUGCUUGGCUGCUAAUAAGAGCUGCUGGAAGGGCUUUUAAGCCUGGCCAAGCGGCUGUUUUAGGACUGAGUUUGGCAGCUUUGCAGCUGCUUUUCUCAGAGGUUGCCCCGAAAGACUGCCAGUUCCUCCUUCAGCUGACGGGCGCGCAGUAACCACAGGAGCUGCUUCUGGAAGGGUUUUCUCUUGAUACCAAGGAGCGUGUAUAUGGGGGAAAUGCGGGGGCUGUUUGGGGUCAGCAGUAAACGAGGAGGCCAAGUACUGCGUUUCUGGAACUGUAAAAGUUUUUAGCCAAAAAUGGAAUUAAGGAAAAAAAAAAAAAGCCAACUUCAAUUUCAUGUGAAGUCGUGAAGGGAAGUUUGAUACUCUCAGUUCAGUAUCUUUGUUGUCUGGGGUUCCAGCUGACAAUUAGGCGUCAUUUAAGGAGCAGGAUCUAACUGGGGAGGCGUUGGAGCGAAAGCUGUCCUAACCGUAACUGCAGAUCUGGGGGGAACUUUUGCAUUUAGCACAUAAGCCAAACAAAAAUUGGUACCUGAGAGGAGCCUCAGGCCUUCUGGGGCUGUUGGGAACUUUAUUCCCCUUUGAAAUAAAGAGCAGAAAAGCAAAAAUAAAACAGUUGUUUUAAGUUGCUGAAGAAAUGUGUGUGCUAUUUUAUGAUGUAGUUUCUCUGAGGGCUUCUUCUGAUCUUUAAAUAUUCCAGUGAGCCCUGUUUGUCGUCUUGCAGAACCUUUUUUUUUUUUAUGUAACUUCUUUUAUGUAACUUUUUUUGUAAUCUUUUUUUUUUCCUGGUGAUAGCGACAAGGCUAUUACUGAAUUACAAAGUGUUUUUUGCUAGAAAUGCUUUCUUUCUCUUACCCAGGACUACAAAAGGAUUUGGCAGUAGGUUUAGGAGCGGAGCUGUGACUGCCCAUCCCAGGUCCAGGGGGUUGGAGUUCAGCUGCAGCACUGCUCUGGGUCUGGAUGCUUUAGUUUGGCUUUUCUGAACGGGAACGGUGUUUAGGUGAGGGGUGUUUUGAGGGUAUCGAAUCAGGACCAGAAACUGUCAUCAAAUAUUAUGGCUGUUUUUUAAAAAGGAAACUUAAUGUUAAAAUUCCUACCAAUCUCAUAAGGCAAAUGCUUUAAAAGUUAAUGUUCUGUUUAAUGCAAUAAUAGAUACUCAGAAAAGGACACGAAAGAGGUGGGGAAACCCCUUUGCUUAUCCUAUGAACUACUCCUGUUUAUACUUGAAUUUAUUUCAGUAAAACAUCACCUGUAACACCUUAACAGCCUUUUUCUCAGGGCAUGGACCUUGCUUACGGUAACAAAUACAAAUUGAAAAGAUGUUUCGUACCUGAAGCGUGACUUUUCUUAAACACCUUUCCAGCUUUCAUCUAGAACAAUGUCAUUAUUUCUUGGGAAAUUCAGAAGGUGCCUAAUUCAGGUGCAGGUAAAAAUGGUGCAUUCGCUCUGCUUUACUCUUUUGGGGGAAUUUAAAUAACAGCACAGUGACAUGCCCUGUGCAGGGCAUUUUACUACUCAGAUGCUAAACUGCUGCUCUGCCCAGUUUGUCCAGCCUUCGAAGGAACAGCAGAAAAGGAAAUCUUGAACCUCC